UCCUCCUUCAUUUUCCAGGUCCUCAUUGAUCUACCCUCGCAUGCUAGGCUACGCAGCUACCCUGGUGAUGCAUAUGAUCACAGCUGUUCACAUUACCACCACAUUCACCAGAGAAGCGGUGAACGAUGCAGCUGUGAAGGAGUUCCAUGAUAACCAGCACAAGUUUAUGACUGUUUGGAAUGUUUACAUGCAAAUGUUAUACGCAGCACUGGGUCUAUCAUGCGACGUGCUGGCUCUCUCCAAUGAAGGGAAGAUCAGCUCUCUUCAGCAGACCUUACAGAAAAUACGAGACCCUAUGUUCUCCAGUGUCGUAUGGCCGUACGCUUUUACAACUUCCUUCGUCUUCUGGUCAGCCUACUCCUACGAUAGAAGCCUGAUCCUUCCACCUUCAGUAGACCAGACCUUAACAUGGGGAGCCAAUCAUGUAAUCCAUACGGCCAUCAUGCCAGUAGUCCUGUGGGAGCUGGUCUUUCGACCUCAGAAGACUCCGGAAACCCAUGUGGCUAAUCUGAUGAUGAUGAAUGGGUAUGCAGCUGGUUAUUUGGUCGUUAUCGUGUCCUCCUACAUGAACACAGGAACCUGGGUGUACCCUAUUCUGAACAUUCUAUACGGCACUAUAUACUUUUAUAUAUUUCUAGUAGUUUCUGUACUUUUAACACAAAUAUUCUAUAGUUUGCAGUGGUAUAUCACUAGUAUUGUUUGGAAGAACUUUGAAGAAAUUAAAAAAGUUAAUUAAUUUUGUAUUUUUAGUUUCA